UCCCAGGUGCUCGGGGGAAUUUUCUCCCCAGGCCGGCCGAGGAGCGCCCUUCGCCUGGGCCGCGUGGAGUGGCGGAAACUACGUUACCCAGAACACACGGCCGCAGCGGAGCCGCUCUGAGGAAGCCCACGCCAGUGCGUGUCCCAGAGCGCUGGGUUCGGGUUGCAGUGCCCGCGCCUGGGCCGGGAUCGGGGCCGCGCCACUCGGGUCGCCUCCUCUCCCGCCGCGCUCCGACCAAAAAGUACGAUGGCGGCGGCCGCGCCGAGAGGCCCGGCUCAGGACACUUCCGCGGGUCUGAGGUUCCAGGACGCCGGGUUGCAACCGACAAGGCGGAAAAGACGUUGUCGUUGCUGCGCUGAGGCGGUUCCUGGGCUUGGCGGCCGUGCGUUGCGGAGUGACCUGCACGGGCCGCUUUGGGGACUCCCGUGCCACACAGAUUCCGCUGUUCUCGGGGGCCCGGCUCAGGCAGGCCUCGACGGCUUUGAAGUUGUGCCUGUGGAAGGCAGUGUGACUUGGAGGAUGAUUCACACAAAGAGGAAAUGACCUUUGAAGACGUGACCAUUGGCUUCUCCCGGGAGGAGUGGGGGCUCCUUGAUGAGGCCCAGGGGCUCCUGUACUACAAGGUGAUGCUGGAGAACUUGGCACUCGAAGCAUCCCUAGGUCAUUGGCAUGGAUCAGAAGCUGAGGAGGCCCCUUCUGAGCAGAGCUUAUCUAUAGAAGGAGAGUCACAUGUCAGGGCUUCUAAGGCAGGUCUGUCCACCCAGAAGAUGAGCCUCUGUGAGAUGUGUAUCCUAGUCUUGAAAGAUAUCUUGCCCCAAGCUGAGCAUCAAACAAUAUACCCUUUGCAGAAACCAGCCUUGGAUGGCACACAUGUGAGAUGCUUCUGUUUCAUUGCACAGCAACAGAGCCGUGGCAGUGGAGAGAGUCCCUGGAAAAGAGAUGUGAACAGCGCCUCUUUUGUGAUGAGCUGCAGCUUCUAUGUGUCAGGGGAGCCUUUCACCUGUAGGGAGCUUGGGGAAAAUUUCUUGGCCCGCUUGGACCUUCUCCGGUACCAGGCCACUCCCAGAAGUGAGGAGCCACACAGUGACAAUGAGAGUGGGCAGGCCUUUCACAGGGGAAAAAGUCAUUGCAAACGGGGUGAAUAUGAAACACCUUCCAGCCACAACCACACACUUGUCCGACAUCAGAGCAUCUGUUACGGAGGAGGGUUUUAUGAGUGUAGAAAAUGUGGGAAAGUAUUUAGCUGCAACUGCAGCUUCGUUCAGCAUCAGCAAAUUCCCACGGGACAAAGGCCAUAUGAGUGUGGUGAAUGUGGGAAAUCAUGGAGCCAAAUCUCUGGCCUUAUUAAAGACUGUAGAAUUCACAGUGGUACAAAGCCUUAUGGAUGCAGAGAAUGUGGAAAAUUAUUUGCCCACAACUUCAGUCUCAUAAAACACCAGAGAAUUCACACGGGAGAAAGGACUGAUGAAUGCAGUGACUGUGGAAAAGUCUUUAUCCACAAAGCCAGACUCUUUCCCCACCGGACACAGCACAUGGGUGGAUGCAUUGUGAGUGUGGUGAACGUGGGAAGUCCUUCAGCUGCAAAUCCAGCUUCAUCGAAGAUCAGAGAGUUCACACUAGAGAGAGGCCUUACCAGUGCUAUGAAUGUGGAAUGUCCUUUAGACAAAGUUCUUGCCUUUUCCAACACCGGAGAGUUCACACUCGGGAAAGGUCUUAUGAAUGCAAUGUAUGUGGAAAAUCCUUUAGACAAAUCUUUAACCUCAUUUGACAUGAGAGAGUCCACAUUGGAGAAAUGCCUUAUGAGUGCAGUGAAUGUGGGAAAUCUUUUAGCAGCAAAUCUAAUCUCUUUAGACACCAGAGGGUUCACGCUGGAGAAAAGCCUUAAAUGUGCUGGGAAUGUUUUAUUUCUUCACUCAGUGUAACUUCACUGGAGGAGACUGUGUGAGAGUCAUUUAUCUCAGCUUACAACUCUUACCUGAACAUGCACUGUGCAGGAUUCCUCAUAGUUCCAGUGCACUGAGCGGUUUCAGAGGAGGCUGGGUGCACACCCUGGCACAAACUGGGGACUCAGAUAUGCGAGCAGUGGUGUGGGCCGGAAGGCAAGAUGUUUAUGGGUUUUACCAGAGGAGCUCAGCCCACUUUCAGGCAUCUUCAUCUGAUCAAUCAGUCGUGAUUUCCCAGGAGGACAAGGGGAUGUUGGGAGAUUAUAAUAGAACACUGAUUUUUUUAUAGCAAAAUUUGACCUUAAACUGUUACUAAUUUUUUGCCAGUAGUCACCACAUUCUCCUUGAGCCCAUUGUCAGGAAAUGUGCUGGACACGAGUCACCUAAGUUAUGUCUCAGGCAGUGCCCUGCCACACAGGAGCUUACAGUUUUCAGUGGGGUACAUAUAAAGAAAAACAAACUGCACAAUGGUCUGAAAAGGAGACCUGGGCUGCAUAGAGUCCCUGGGGACGCUUUGCACGAUAUAGGGUGAGUGAAGCUUCCGGAAGAAGGGGGUGAAAGGGAUGUGUAAUGUAGUUGAUUCAAAUGAGUUAAAAUAAAUAAAAGGGGGCAGAUGUGGCAUUAGUGGCAGAAAGAUCAUCUGCAAAUCCGUAGAGGACACACCCUGGAGCUCACUCUUCAGUCUUAAGGGCUUUUCCAAUUAAAUGAUACACUCAGUGAUUCCAUUCUCUGACCUCAGCCUCUGAUGUGCCAGCUUUCCUCACGCACUUACGAUGUGACUUCUUAGAUGCCAUCUGACAAAUUAAUGAGCCGCCCCUGCCCCAGUCUGGCCAUGUGACAAGGCCCUCCUGUUAGGUGCCCUCCUCUCUGCAUGGCACUCGGUCAGUUAGGUCUGGGAAACUCUUGUCUCUUGCCCUAUUUUAGUUUCAUUUUCCUCACCAGGAGAAAGUCUAAUUCUCCAGUUCCUCCCACACCUGCCCUCAGGCAGUUUUAUGUGGCUAUAAGACAUCACUCACCCGCACAGACUAGAGUGACAUUCCCUGGUCGUCAACCCCAGUUUUCUAACUGCUGACUCAGUUUAAAUUGUACCAAACUACAUUUUCCUAGACAGCAGCAAAUCCCUCUCUCACUGCUUCCCAGGAAAGCCUCCAGGAGAGAGGAGUUCAUUCUAACAGUUGCAGAGAAAUGCCAUGUCCCUACUCGUCUUUCCUGAAAUGCCCUUUCAAUUUCUCCCUGUCUUACCUCUGCCUACAUUUUCUUCCCUCAUCUACAGUUAUAUGUCAUACGUUUUAUUAAUAUGAUUUCUAUGGCAAACUUACCAGUAUAAUUUAAAUAAAUAAACAGGACUAUGUAUAUGCUUUGCCCAUAGAACUUAAUAAAUCAAUGCUGCUUUCUCCUCAGAGAGCUCUGCCUAAGAGAAACAGAACUUGGUCAGUGUGUCUCUGACAGGCUCCCUUCUGUGGAUGCUGGGUCCUGAGAAGGCAGCGCCACCCCCGCCUCUUGGUCACUGCUGCUUGUGUCUUGGGGACAAUCCUGUGUCUUUCCUCCUCUCUUCUUUCUUGCUCUCACUCUUUUUUCCUUUGAGAAAAUUUUUGAAUACGAAGCUCAUCCUGGGUCCCAGCGAUGCCUCUACACCGAGACCAGAUCUCUGCAAUUUGGUCUUGGUUACCGUCAUUGCCAAGUUUGCCGUCUCUUGUACUCCCAGUACACUCUGCGCUCUCCCAUGUGACACGGGGCCCUUGGAGAAGU